AUGGCAGAGGUACCAAAAUUGGCGGAAGAUCCCACGACUGCUGCCCAAGUCGCCCCUAGCUCGUAUAAGGGCCAUUACGCCAACUCGUCCCUCCAACCAAUCCCCAACUACGUCUCGCGACCGCGAUUGCACCAAAAGGUUAAAGAGCAGUUGCACGACCUCAAGAAUAACGGGGUGGAAGACGUGCGGAUCCUAGUGGUGUGGGGGCUCGGUGGAGCGGGAAAGUCGCAGCUGGUGCUGAUCUACAUCCGCGAAUAUCGACGGGACUAUACAGCUGUAUUUUGGAUCGAAGCUGGAUCCAAGGAGUCGAUCGAGCGCGACUAUAUUCAAAUCUACCGACUCCUUUACAGUCGCCAGAUUGAUGUAGGCUAUGAGAUGGUGAAGGUGGAAGAUGCGGUGCCUGCGGUUAAGCGCUGA